GAGUGUGACCACAGUGCGUGCGGACUGUUGACGACUGUCGGCUGACAGUUCGACUUCCCUGUGGAGUACAACGACGCGCACCGGCCGCGACGACGACAACAACAAAGCGGUCUUCCCGCGGAAGACUGCCCAUCCCGAGGAGCGUCCGGUCUCCGUGCUACCGCCGAUUUGCCAGCGUCGCGAGUGACAGUGCGUGUGCAUAUGCCGGCAGCGGACCGCUUGGCAGGAUCGCAGUCGGGCACCGAGCCGCGACGACGGAGCACGCGGGAGUGUCGGCGCGAGUAGCACCCCCCGGGGGUGGCGCAGCCACACGCGACAGAUAGAGGCUCCUCUCGCACUCCGCGCGCCCCUGCGGUAUAAGCGCAUCGCGCUAGUGUGGGAAAGAAAAGGAGAAAAGGAAAGAAAGAGCGGAAGUGUGACAGGUAAUCCGGGGUGACCGACCGCGCACCGGGAGCGCACGCGACCUGGCCGCGGACUGGAAAGAUGAUCGCGUAGCGGUGCCCGACCAACACGGCCCUGAGCGGCCGACACAUCAUGUCACAGUUCUCUUUCCGAGGAUCGCCAAAUCUACAGUGUCCUGUGACAGUGAGCUCGUCGUUGGCGCCGUCCUCGGCCUCCCCGGCAACCGGCGCGAUACUGAGCGCUGGGGGUUCGUCCCUGGUCGGCGCAACCGGUACGACGACGAAUCAUCCCCUGGACGUAGCCGGCCUGUCGAACGCGAGGAUGGCGGUGACUAGUGCGGUGGUGCGACCACCGGGUAGUCCCACUACCUCGGUCAGCCCGUCUCAGGGUCAUCCGCCGCCAUCGGCCGGCGGCCCGGCAGCGGCCAGGUGCUGCGACACCGGCCGGCCGAUCUUCACGGACCCGUUGACGGGCCAGACCGUCUGCUCCUGCCAGUACGAGCUGCUGGGUAGCUACCAGCGUCUAGGAGGGCUACCCACCGCGGCUCUCUCCAUGUACAGCGCGCCUUACGCCGCUGCCGCGGCGGCCGCGGCGUCCGAGGGCAUGGCCGCGUACUUCCCCAGUUUGGGCGCCGAGCAAGCACCCUUCUACACGCCCACGGCUGCUGGUCUGGAUCUCAAGGAAAAUCUGGGAGCUGGAGCGGCGGCGGCGUGGCCUUACCCGUCGGUGUACCACCCUUACGACGCUGCUUUCGCGAGUUACCCUUUCAACGGCUACGGCAUGGAUCUGAACGGUGCGAGGCGGAAGAACGCGACGCGGGAAACGACGAGCACGCUGAAAGCGUGGCUGAACGAGCACAAGAAGAAUCCGUACCCCACAAAGGGAGAAAAGAUCAUGCUGGCUAUUAUAACGAAGAUGACGCUAACGCAAGUGUCGACAUGGUUCGCGAACGCGCGAAGGCGCUUGAAAAAGGAAAAUAAGAUGACGUGGGAACCGAGAAACCGAGUCGAAGACGAGGAUAAUAAUAACGAGGACGACGACAGCGGGAGGAAGAGCGUCGACGAGAAAGAUCGGUUAGAUUCGAAAGACUCGGGUACAGGUUCGAGCGAGGACGGCGAGCGACCGGCGCACCGUCUCGACCUCCUGCACAGUAGCAGCGGCGGAUCGGCUGGCGUGCAAGGUAGAACCGAGAGCGAGUGGAGCGAGUCGCGGGCGGAUAGCGGUCCGGACAGCCCGGAAUGCCUGUACGACCAGAGGGAGCCGAGGCAUCCGUUGCAACUGCAACACCCGGCCUAUCACGGCCGGCUGUUGCGUCACCCGUCGCCGGAGAGCACGUCACCGGGCAGCCAACACCAUCAUCUACCGGCGAGCACGAGCGCGUCCACGACGGGCAGCGCGGUGCCCGCGAAGCCGCGGAUCUGGUCGCUCGCGGACAUGGCGAGCAAGGACGGCGAGCAGACGGCCAACACGAAUCCCACCACGAUGACGGAUCUCGCGACGACGCCCUACGGCAGCGCGACCGCUGGGGGUGGCGGCGGCGGACCGGGCAAGCUGGUGAAUCCGCUGGCCAGUCGACUGCCGACCCACCAUUCUCUGCACCCGGCGAUACAUCCGGGCACGCAAUUCGUGCGACCGCAUCCGGACUUCUACAGGAACCUAUACGGCGCGUCUCACCUGGGCACCGGCGAUAUAUCCCUGCUGGAGACUUAUUCGAGGACUCUCGGUGGACUGGGCGGCGUGAUUCCGCCGUCCACCGCCCCGAGCAUACUGACGACCUCGUCCUCCGCGAUCUCCGUCGCCGGUAACGUGAAACCUUUCUCGAUCAACGGGGGUGGCGUCGUCGGGGGCGGUGUCGUCGUCGGCGGAGCAGGCGGUGGUGGCGGUGCUGCUGGAUCGGCCGGUGUCCUGCUGACCACCGCGUCCUCCGGACUGUCGCCGUCGUCGUCGUCGACGGCGUCCUCGGGCGGGUCCGAUCAGUCGCCACAUCCGGCGAGCGGUCUCGCGUCCACGACGCAGGAACUCAAGUCACCCGGACGAGUGUGACUCGACGCGGCGACCGAUCGUUAAUAAUGAAGGGGAGAGGGAAGCACGAGAGGAACACACACAGGUACGAGAGACGGACGGUAAAAUGUCGUACGUCGCAAUUCGCGCGCUGUGCGACCAACGACGCGGCGUUUUCGCGUGUGGUGUGGCUGACAAUAAUCAGAGGACAAGGAUCUUGUAAAUUAGUGUACAGUAUAAUACGGGAGACGACGAGAUACUGCCCCGACAACCCCGUCCCACACUCUUCUUCCCCUCCCCCCUCGUUCCUAGUCUUGCUCUUUGGGUUUUUUCCCCCCUCGAUAUCCAUAUCGUCGAUGUUCCUUUCAUCUCUCGCCACCCUCGACCUAACCCUGUCAUUCCUCUGUAAUCCUCCCUUCUCACUCUCGCGACCCCCGACGAGUUUAUUUUCUGUACUCCGUUUAUUAUUCACGGAUGAGAACGGAAAAUCGUAGUACCGACUACCCUAGUAGGUGGCUAAUCGCGGUGUAACCAUACGGUUAACUAGCGUCAACUCGACAAGUACUCUACUUUUACGUAUAAAUACUAUAAAUAUAUUAAAAAAAACUAUACGAUAACAAUAAUUAUUAUUAUUUAUGCGUUUGUAAAUAGUAGAAGAGAGGCCCAGUAGAGGAACAGUCCGGCCAGUGUAUGUAUUGUAUGUAGAGUAGACACAAUAUUACUAGCAUACCUGAGAUCACACAUAAUUCAUAUUAAUGACGAUUAUUAUUAUGAUUAUUAUGAUUAUUAUUAUUGUUAUUGCAAUGUUUAUAAUAUUAUCGAUUCACGUCGACUCGGUCGUGCAUGACGAGGUAUGGGUCGUUUUAGUCGCAGCGACGGAUCGCGAGGGACGGCCGGAGAGUUAACGUAGAUUUUUCGGAAAAUUCGCCCUUUGGUUAAUUUUUCUCUCUCUCUCUCUCUCUCUCUCCUCCCCUUCUCU